AUGGGUGGUGUUGCACAAAAAAUGACCGAUACGGUCAAGAAUGCGCCUGUCUUGGGAUCGUCAGGUGUCCAUGCGGUGGCUGUACUCACUGAUCCGAGUAAUGAACAAGUCUACGGUCAUGUUGAUUUUGUUGAAGCGAAUGAUGGAACAGUGACUGUCAGCGGUGAAAUCAAAAACAUACCAGAUAAGCAAAAACGUGGAUUUCAUAUACAUGAAUUCGGCGAUACAACGAAUGGAUGUACUUCAGCGGGUGCGCAUUAUAAUCCAGAUAAUAAUGAACAUGCAGGUCCACAAGAUCAACUACGACAUGUGGGUGAUCUCGGAAACAUCGUUGGUGGUUCGGGCAAUGUUGCUAAAUUCAAUUUUAAAGAUUCGCUCAUUAAAUUAACUGGUUCACGGUCGAUUAUCGGACGCUCAGUUGUUGUUCAUGAAAAAGAAGAUGAUUUAGGUCGUGGUAAUGCAGCAGAUUCCAAGAAAACGGGUAACGCCGGUGGCCGAAUGGCUUGUGGUGUGAUCGGUUUUAAAAAGAGUUGA